UUGAGAGAGAGAGCGAGGGAGAGAAGAGAGAGUGAGCAUGAGAGACAAAGCGCACUGAAUUGUUAUGAAAUUGUUCCAAUGAAUAAUGAGCUAUGUUGUUUGUAAACUAAAACAAGUAGUCAAGAUUGAUAAGCGUGGACACGAUUAGGGCCGCUCAAUUGAGCGGCUAGAAUUUCAUAAUAGCGUCAAAGUUUAAACGGUCAGUAUUUCGGAACAACUGGCCGCCGGCGGACGUAGACGGAGCAGCGAUAGAAAUAUAAAGCAUGGAUCUAAUUGCAGAGCAGGCAGCAGAAGCUACGCAAGCAAACUGUGAUUCCGACUAUAUAGCAAAAGCUCUGGCACGCGCGUAUAAAAGCGUAAAUUUGCGUAUAGAAAGCUUUCACAGCGAGGCAGUUAGUCAGCGCGGCGAAAACUUUUGUAGCGUCAUCUAUCGGAUAAAAGUAGCAUAUCGCAAAAGCGAAAAUGCGCCGCUAGAGCAGGGAAAUUAUAUACUAAAGGACCUGUUGCCCAUUGUGGCCGAGGUGGGCUCCAAUGAGAAAUUCAUGUUCGAGCAGAUACUGCCCGCCAUGGCGCAGUUAUUGGACAAAACUUCGCUGGAGGAGCGCAAGUUGAGCGCUGAUUGUCUCUUUGCGGAGCGUGCCGCAGCCAAAGAGAUCUAUUUGCUGGAGGAUCUUGGCGCGUUGGGCUAUACAUCAUUAAAUCGCCAAAAGGGCCUGACUCUGGAAGAAGCCCAGAUUUGCGUACACAAAUUGGCACAGUUCCAUGCCGCCUCCAUGAUGCUGCUGCACGAGCAGCCCCAGCUGGUGGCUCAACUGUCGCCCUCGCACUAUGCCGAUGGUGUGAGUGAUCCCUUCGCCCAAGUCAUUUGCUUGGAUGGCGCCGCUUAUGCAGCAGAUGUGGUGGCUGAGAUGCCGGGCAUGGCGCCAAUAGCUGAAAAAAUGCGGGCUCAGCUGUCCGGGGAUUACUCCGAGCGCUUACGUGCCACGGUCAGUGCCAAAAACACAGCUUUCCCAGUUAUUGCCCAUGGAGACCUGUGGCUAAAUAAUAUAAUGAUCAAUGCCGAACAGAAAAAGGCAAUUAUUGUGGAUUUCCAGAACUGUUUCAUUGGCAGUCCGGCCAUCGAUCUACAAUUCUUUUGCUAUACCAGCUUGCAGUUGGACGUGCUACUGCAUCACCGGGAGCAGCUGCUGCAGCAUUAUAACGAAAGUCUCUGCCAGACACUAACUGCUCUCAAUUAUCCUGGAAGCAAGCCAAGCUAUGCCCAACUGCUUGAUGAAAUGGAACGUUGUCUCUUCUACGGCUACUAUGGCGUCGUCUGUGAGCUGCCCAUCUGCUGUGUCUCUAAGAAUGCCGCUGAGGAUUUCACUGUGCACACUUUCAUAGACGCUGAGGCCAUAAGGGCGAAGCGUCAACAGCUCUUUGCCAACGAACGUGUGCUGCAGACAUUGAAAGCCACCUUGGGUCACUUUGAGCAACAGGGCAUACUAAAUGCGUUGUAAAGGCAGACAACUUCACUACUCUUUUUUGUUUUACCAAAAGUAUUUAGGGAGUGGUACGUGAUUCCAUCUAAAUGGGAUGUUUUUGAAAAUGUUAGAUGUCCAAAGUUAGAACUGUAUUAACCUCUGAGUAGUCUGUUUGUCUGCCCCCGCUCCGCUCUCUCUCUCUGUCUAUUUCUCUCUUUCACAUAUGUUGGAGUCAAAGGGAUCGCAGCACCAUAUUAUAUAUCACAGAUACGAUCGUUUAAAAGUUGAUUUCUUAAACUAUAUGUAUGAAAUCCCUUCACGCAAAAUACAUUUUGCAUUUGCUAGCAAAACCUUAUCUUAUCUAAAAUAAUAAAAGUGAUUAUAUACAUAUCUGUUGCUAAACAUAGACCUGUAAA